AUGGAGCGGCGUCUUCUGCUGUGCCUUGUGAUAUCUAUGCAGGUAGUGCUCAUCGGCACCGUCGUCGCCGCCGGCGGUCGGCCACCGGCGAUGUACGUGUUCGGGUCCUCGAUACUGGACGUCGGCAACAACAACUACCUGCUGGGGCCGGCCGUCGACCGGGCCAACCAUCCCUACAACGGCGUCGACUUCCCGGGCUCCAUCCCCACCGGGAGGUUCAGCAACGGCUACAACAUCGCCGACUACGUCGCGAAGAACAUGGGAUUUGCAUGUAGCCCUCCUGCCUAUCUGUCCCUGGCACCGGCGACGAGCUCCGGCGGCCCUCUGGUGCAGGCCGCUCUCACCAAUGGAGUCAACUAUGCUUCCGGAGGAGCUGGGAUCCUUGACUCCACUAACGCCGGAAACACCAUCCCGUUGUCGAAGCAGGUGCAGUACUUCGGCGCCACCAAGGCUAAGAUGGCCGCCGCAGUGGGCUCCCAUGCGGUGAACGCGCUGCUCUCUAGGUCCGUCUUCCUCCUCGGCAUCGGCAACAACGACAUGUAUGUCUUCGCGGCCGCGGAGCUGCUGGCGCGGAAUAGGUCAGCUGCGGACCAGCGCAGGGACGCCGCCGUGCUCUAUGCCAACCUCCUCUCCAACUACUCCGCCACCGUAACGGAAUUGUACUCGAUGGGCGCCAGGAAGUUGGCCAUCGUCAACGUCUGGCUAGUCGGCUGCGUGCCAGGGGUGCGGGCGUUGAGCCCGGUGGGCGCAUGCUCGGACACGCUCAACCAGCUCGCCGCUGGCUUCGACGACGCUCUCCGGUCCCUGCUCGCCGGCCUCGCGCCCAGGCUGCCGGGCCUCGUCUACUCCCUCGGCGACGCCUUCGGCUUCACACGGGACGCCGUGGCCGACCCGCGGACGCUCGGGUACACGGACGUCGCCGCCGCGUGCUGCGGGAGCGGGCAGGCGCCGUGCCUGCCCAACUCCACGCUCUGUGCCGACCGCGACCAGCAUGUGUUCUGGGACCGCGCGCACCCUUCGCAACGGACUGCUUUUCUCACGGCCCAGGCGUUCUACGAUGGGCCGGCUAAGUACACCACUCCCAUUAACUUCAUGCAACUGGCCCAGUCCAAUUAG